AUGGCCACCCCUUCCUUGAUCGGUUCGCCUCAUGCUCUUGUCCUGUACAGUGGGUCACCGGAUGCAUUCAAGGCCGCCGAGGCCGAUCUCUCAGUGCUAGCCAAGUGCGUAUUCCUCGGUGAGGAUGCGGGCUCCGCGUCACUGCAUGACCUUGCCCUUCUCAGCGGCAUGUACGGUCUCUUCUCGGGCUUCCUGCAUGCAACCGCGCUUGUGAGGUCGAGCACUCCCGCGGUCAAGUUCGUGGACCUCCUGGUUCCCUGGCUGGGGGCAGUGAUCAAAUACACUAAAGGGAUGGCAAAGCAGAUCGAUGAGGGAAAGUAUGCGAGCGAAGGAUCGAAUCUUGGCAUGCAAUUGGUUGGUAUUCAGAAUAUUAUCGAUGCCGGUGCGGCCCAGCAUGUCUCUGCGGAUUUUAUUCGUCCGAUGAAGGAAUUUAUGGAGAAGGCAGUAGCGGCUGGUCAUGGUGGUGAUGAUAUCUCUUCUUUGAUUAAUUUUGUGAAGUCAACAUGA